UUUUGGUUCAUUCAAUAAAAUUUUCCAAGGCUUUAUCAUUAGAAGUAUAUUUGCUGGCAUAUUUAGAUACUUUGAUUGAGUUCUGUUGAAGAGGUUGGAAGAACGUAAAAACUAACUUAACUUUGUUUGCUAUGACAUUAUGGGGUGCAUAAUGUCCUAUUGGAGGAGGUAUAAAUGAGAAACGUGCUUUUGAGAUCUUAAUGAACUUGAUUGGUGUCAUUCUAUCAUGUUGAUUUUUGAUAAAAGUCCAGAACAGCCUAGUCCUCCAGGGAAUGUGAAACAUGAACAAGUUACAAAGGGGAGUUUUCUGGAAUUUGUUUUCUAGAAAAGAUGUGGAGUUAAAUUAUCUGUUGAGAAGAUCAUUCUCAAUUUCAAGCCACCCUGUCAGAGACUUGGCUUCCAAAGAUGGGGAGCUCAGAGUGUUCAUCGUUGCUGGUGAGGUUUCUGGUGACAUCAUUGGGUCACGCUUCAUGGAUUCUCUUAGAAAGCUGAGUCCUUUUCCUGUUCGAUUUGCUGGUGUUGGAGGCUACUUGAUGUCUAAGCAAGGCUUAAAUUCUCUCUUUCCUAUGGAAGAUAUUUCAGUGAUGGGUAUUUGGGAGUUGUUGCCACACCUUAAUAAUUUCAGAGUUAAACUGAAACAAACAGUUCAGGCUGCUCUUUCAUUCCAGCCUCAUGUUGUACUAACGGUGGACUCAAAGGGAUUCUCUUUCCGUUUCCUGAAGUAUUUGCGAGCUAAAUGUAUCGAGCAGGGAAUCGUUAGCCCUAAACACUUCCAUUAUGUAUCACCAUCUUUCUGGGCCUGGAAAGGGGGUGAGGCAAGGAUUAAAGGGCUUUCUGAGUUUAUAGAUCAUGUAUUAUGUAUCCUCCCAUUUGAGGCUGAAAUUUGUAAGUUGAACGGAAUAGCUGCCACAUUUGUAGGACACCCCACGCUGGAAGACAUGAUAGAGUUGAAGGGGAAGGAAGCAUCUGGAGAGAUUCAAGGAAAUGGAGAAGAAUUUAGAAGUGAACAUGGGAUAGCUUCAGGAUCCACCGUCAUUAGCUUGCUUCCUGGAAGCAGAGUUCAGGAAGUUACACGAAUGCUUCCAAUUUUCUCAAACACUAUGGAGCUAUUAAAAGAUGCCUUUAGGGAGUUGGUUACAGUGGUCCAUAUCGCACCCAAUCAAUAUGUCAAAGACUAUAUCAGUAAAGCUGUUUGCAAGUGGCCUGUGCCCGUUGUCAUGGUGUCAGGUGGAUCUCCCGGCAUGAAGUACAAAUCAUUUCGCGCAAGCAGAGUAGCUUUAUGCACUUCUGGAACAGUAGCUGUGGAGUUACAGCUUGCAAGACUACCAUGUGUUGUUGCCUACCGUGCUCAUCUCCUGACUGAAUGGGUCAUACGCUCCAAAGCUAAAGUACCUUACAUCUCUCUUCCUAAUAUUCUUUUGAAAUCAGCUACAAUACCCGAAGCUCUUUUCCAAGGAUGCACACCUUCAAAAUUGGCAUCAUUAGUCAGAGAACUCGUACAUAAUGAAAUCCUUAGAGAACAACAGAUUGCUGCUGCUGCAAAGGUUAUUGAAUUAUUGAGUCCUGGAAAAGGAUUGAUCAACAAUUCGACGCACCUGGAAACAAGUCAUGCGUUUCCGAAUUCCGUGUCCAGCAUGAUUGCAGCAUUGACAGUAUUGCAGUCAUGAAAUUCAUAAGCAUGAUAGUUCACAGGAUAUUCGUGUAUGGGUUACAUAAAUUGUAUGAUAAAGAAUUAGAGCUGCAAAAUAGUGUCUUUAAGGCUUGGGACAAUUGGUUGGAGUAAAUCAUUAUUGCCCUUCAUAUCUCCAUUUUCUUUCUUAUAUUACUAAUCCAUUUUCUCCUUUUGCCUUCCAUUUGAAACAUCUGAUCUAAUUAUCUG